AUGGAAGAGGAGAAGAAGGAAGCGCUGGCGAAGGCCGAUACGGAAAAGAAGGAAGCGCUGGCAAGAGCUGAUGCGGCGAAGAAGGAGGCGUUGCUGAGGGCGGACGCCGGCAAGCAGCAAGAAUUAGACAGGGCGUCGGCGAGGGCGGACGCCGACAAGCAACAAGCGCUGGCGAGGGCUGACGCGAGCGUGAAAAGAGUGGAAGAGGAGAAGAAAGAGGCGCUGGCGAGGGUGGACGCAGGAAGAAAAGAGGCUGUGAACGCGUGGAAAACCCACGCUCAACAACGGCAUCCGGACACCCGAAUCCUCAUGCGGAACCAAGGCAAGAUGCUGGAUAUCAUCUGA